AUGCCAGGAAAAGAUAGCCUUAUGGGUUUUUUCGGCUCUUUAACGACCACCAUUAUACCUAAUCCAACCAUUUCCACGCUUUCCGCGCCGUCAUCCUCAUCGCUCAUGCCGAGCUCCUCACUGCUGGGUUUUCCGGAUGAGUUAGAAUAUCUCAUGCAUGGCAAUACAUUGCCCAUAUUGGAUGACUUCAUCUGGAAUAGUCAAACCAGCACUCCAUCAAUUGACCCGUCUCUAGUAUACUCUCCUCAAUUGGAAAGCCGGCUCCAGGAACUCAUAUCCCAACUUGUUAUUGCUCAGGAUAAACUAUCAAGGAGAUGUGAUGGAGAUGUACCACCUUUUUCUGAAGAGGUAAAAAGUGUUUUAUUAACCGUUCCUAAUUUAGUAGAUUUUACUCAAUUAUAUUUCGACCAUUGGCAUCCUCAUUCUCCUAUCAUACAUCAACCUACCUAUAACCUCGAGACAGUACCGCUUCCGUUGUUAUUUGCCGUAUUUCUCAUUGGCGCAGCCUAUUCGUCACCUCGAGAUACAGCUGGUUUAGCAACAGAAUGCGGCACUUUAUGCGAGGAAUUUGUGUUCGAGGAUGAUGAAGUGAAGUCGAUACUUCGUACUGAUCAGGGUUUCGAAGGGCCCACUAGUCUUCAAUCUGUUCAAGCGGCAAUUCUUGUAGCCGUGCUACAGACUUGGCAGAAUGGACCAGAGGCCCGAAGGAGAAUGCGUAAGAAGCGUUAUUCUGAUAUCGUAGCCAUGGCAAGGGCACUUGGCUAUACCUCUGCGAAAAACAUUUAUGCUACGGGUAUCCACCCUUUCAACUGGUUAGGUUAUAUUGAAGCAGAGGCAAAAAUCAGGUUAGCUUGUUUGACCUUCCCAUCCUUUGAUACGAAAUAA